UGGGGACAUAGAUGUGACACCGCCUCGCGCUGAUGACGCUUACCAUCGGGAGACAUUUGGACAGCCAAGUAACCCACAUAGCGAGCAACAAAUGGUGCGUCUGAGCCGGAGACCUGAUGCUGGAGACAGGAGCAUGGUGUUCCCGCACCCUGAGAGCCAUUGAUGCUGCAGAGCGAGCUGCACGGGGACAGCCGUCAUCUGUUGAUCGGAUUGUAGACAAUUAAGCGCAUUAUCAUGAUGAGCGGUCCCACUUACAGGUGAAAUCUGAGGAGAGUGAAAUGAUUCCGAAGUCAGGAAAAUCUCCAGCAGACUCGAGGAAAAGUGUUGGCAUCCAUGAGUUUGCAGCACUUGCCAGAUCCUCCUUAAAUGGUAUCUCUCAGGCAGUGAGGGACCAUGUGACCAAGCCCACCUCCCUGGCUCAGGGCCGGGUCGCCCACCUCAUCGAGUGGAAAGGUUGGCCCAAACCUGCAGAGCCGCCGCCAGGCGCUCACUUCAACUCCUACUGCCAUCUGAGCGAGGGAGAGAAGGAGGCACGCUUUGCUGCAGGAGUGGCGGAGCAGUUUGCCAUCGCAGAGGCUAAGCUGCGUGCCUGGGCGUCUAUAGAUGACGAUGAGGAAGACUCCAAUGAUGAAGACUGCCACACCAACGGACAGAGUAAAACCUCCUCCAACGAGAGCUCAGACGGCGCCGCGUCCCGUCCAAUCAGCGCUGUGCCGAGCCAGCCUGAGGGCGAGGGUGUUGAGGCUCCGCCCCCCGACUGCCCCUUGUGCUCCAGCACUGCAUCCCACACUGACCCUCAAUCGUCCCAGACCAACUCUCUCACUCUACCCAGCGACUGCCUGAGCCCCUUCCUGGAUGAGGAGGAGGAGAGGGUGGAGGGUCAGGAGGAGCCCACUGUUUCCCAGGAGCAAUGCAACGAGGUCUGCAUCCACAACAAGCCUGAGUGGAGACCCCGGGCCCGGAGCAGCAGGUUCGACUCUUGCUACUCCACCUCUCACUCCGAGUCUCCUGGAGAGGAGGACGAGGAGGACGAGGAGGAGGAAGGCAGCGUGUUUCACGAGUUUCGAGCGUGGCAAUCCAGCCGGAGAAGCUUCUUCUCCGACCGCGCCUCAUCCGGAGUGGCGUCCUUCGACGAAGAGGAGGAAGUCGAGGAGAAGAAAGAGUAACUGAAGUGAUGUGUUGUCCAUCUUUAUGUCUCUUUGAGUCUGUGUUGAUUCUGGAUAUGAUGAGCAAAUCGAUUCUGCUUUCACUGUAAACCUCUCUCGUCCUCCUCUUCCCCUCCUCCUCUGAUCAUCUCCUCUCCACUCGCUGCCUUCUGUCUCUCAUCCUCAAAGCCUUUCAUGUUCUGGUCUCGCUCCGCCGUUUAUCGCUGCCGUGAAACAGUAUAUUUAUUGGAGAGUUCAACCAGAAUGUAAAGCUGUUGUUCAAUCUGAGUUUUGUACAUCUGUUUGUGGAGAGUCAUGUGUUGCAUUGGUUUUCUAUGGAUAUUUUGUAGUGUUGUUUUCUCUGGGUCAUGCUGUGUCAUGUGGGGUCGGGCUAUGUUUGAUACUGAAUGUCUGAAUGUCAUGAAUAUAUAAAUAAAUGAUUUUUCUAAAAAGGAA